CAUAAAAACUGAAACAAAUCACUUAACUUUAUUUCUGGCCGGUAGCCGAUCCCUUACAGGUUCAUAUUUUCCAAAAUAACCUUGACAAUGAAUAAGCUUAUCCUGGUAGCGACGGUUGUGGCCUGCAUUGCCAUUAGCCAUGCCCACGCUGACGCGCUCAAGGCUGCAGGAGUAAGCAGUGAGCACAGGGGAGCCAGUACUAUCCCAAAGGGCACCAUUGUCGGAUCUGUCUCGGCUUCCGGUGGAAAGGCUCCCUUUACUUACAAGAUCACCACAGGAGAGAAACUUGUUGAACUGUUCCCGGACAUGAUGAACCCAGGCGGUCAAAUGAUCCUGGCAAAAUCUGAAAUGAUUGCCGCAGCAUCAAACAAGGUUGCUGUUACCAUCACCGACAGCGAGGGAAAAACCGAUACAGUCCAGCUCAACAUUCCUCCUCCUGCCGUGUCAACGGUUCCCAAUAAGCCCCAAUAACUAUAAUACACCAGUGAACUUUUUGUGUUAUUUAACGUGGUUUGUGCAGCUCUGCUGUUCCUGAAAAAUGGUAUUAACUGACUGAUUGCCACAAUUUGUUAAACAUCCUUAAUUUUAAUACAAAAAUUUGCCCCCUUCA